AUGUGCGAAAUGUAUGCCAAAGAGUCUUUGGACCGAUUCUGUGAUGACUAUCUCGAAGAAGUGUUGUCUUAUCUGACACUCAAAGACAGAUUCAGAUUUGAAUGCAUUUCCAAACAGUGGCAAAGAGUGGUCUUCAGGAGACAAACGGCGAUAAAUGGAUCCCAGUUUCCAAAUGAAGACAAUUGGCGUACAUUCGAGACAAUACUCAAGAAGUGUACAAAUAUUUCGCACAUUUAUUUUCCAUAUGAGUGGUGUCCGGAAGAGAUAGCCAUCGAUCUAGUGAUCAAAUAUUGCCCUCAAUUGACUCGUAUUGAUAUCCACUUCUGGAGUAGUACUCCGGAAGCAAUGGACAAAUUGUUUACUAAAUUUGGUCCACAAUUAACACUAGUUUAUAUAGCACUUGGCAAAUCUAUGGACAAAAAGUUAAUUAAAAAAUGUGUAGAAAUGUGUGUGAAUUUGCAGUCAUUUGAUGCCGAUUCCAAAGUCACACCAUUACUAAUAUUACAAACGGUGACCGAAAGCCGAGUGUCGUUCAGACGACUCAAUCAUAUUGUGUUGCGUUUGUAUAAUAACCCGGAUUUCAAUGCGCAUACAUUGGAUGUGUUUGCGGAUAGAUAUGGACAUCAAAUGAAGACAAUUGUUGUGAAGGGGAGUUGGAUGGAAGGCGACGAAUUGCCCGAAGCGCUCAGUCAACUGAUGGUUUGGUUGCCACGAAUGCGGGCCUUAGUUCAGCUGAAACUCAACUUAAGUUAUAUUUCAGCCCAAGAGUUGAGUCCAUUAUUGAAACAAAUUGGUAUUAAUUGUCGGCGUCUGAAGAGUCUUGAUAUUAAAGUCAAUGAAAGGAUACCAGAAAUGAUUUAUACGAUUACUAAACACUUUAAGGCAUUAAAGAGACUGUAUUUAUCGGGAUUUGAGGUCACAGAAAUCGCGAUAACCAGCCAUUCAUUGGCGCCAUUGAAACAGUUAACUCAUUUAAGAUUAUUGGAAAACGAUUGCGAACUGUAUUUUACGGACACAUUGUUUGCCAAUAUUGGACACAAUUUACCACAUCUUCAGUAUUUGGCCGUUAGAUAUGCGAAGAUCAGCGCCGAGUCAUUGGUAUCAUUGUCUCAAUUGAGACAAAUCCGUGACAUUUGUAUAAUAAGAAUGUUUGAAGAGCGGGACAACGAUCUGGUGUUGAGCCCGAUUGGGACGGGUAUGGAGAGGGGGAACGGCAACGAAAGCACUGGUAGUGUUGAGGCACUGGUGGUGUGUGUCGUGUGCAUAACCGAACCAAAAGGAGCACCGCUUAAGAGACCGAGUGUCACACCGAGCGUAUGCAACCGCGCGGUCUACGCGGCGGAGGAGAUGCUGGCCGGCGGUCUCAAGUGGCACAAGAUUUGUUUCAAGUGCAACCUGUGCAACAAGCGCCUGGACUCGGUCAACGUGAACGCCCAUGAUCAGGCCCUGUACUGCAAACAGUGCUACGCCCGCAAGUUUGGCCCCAAGGGAUACGGUUUUGGCGGCGGCGCCGGCGCCCUCUCCAUGGACAUCGGCGAGCAUCUCGGUAACCGAUCGUGCGAGUUCGACAACAAACCCCGUGGCGUUAACAACUAA